CACCAGGCAAUGGGAGGGGAAACCUGGCUUAGCUCCAGGGUCAGCAGGAGGGCGUCUGUAGAAGCCGAGGGAGGAGAUAUAACGGAAGACGAGAGCAGCAGCAGCCUGGUUCGCUCCAGAAGAAAAGCCCCACAAAACAAAAAUCACAGUGCCCAACCUCCGCAACAGCAGCUGUCCUUGCAGCUCUUCCUCCCCCUACUCUGAAAUCACAGGCCAAAUCCGAACAGUCAGCAAACAGCUGCCGCGAUGGGAGUGGAAGGCUGCACCAAAUGCAUCAAAUACCUGCUUUUUGUCUUUAAUUUUGUCUUCUGGCUGGCGGGAGGAAUCAUUCUAGGUGUGGCAUUGUGGCUUCGCCAUGACCCACAGACCACAAAUCUCUUGGACGUACCACUCAAUAACCGGGACCCACCCUAUACUUUCUAUGUUGGAAUCUACAUCCUGAUUGCUGUUGGAGCUGUGAUGAUGUUUGUGGGUUUCCUAGGCUGCUAUGGUGCCAUCCAGGAGUCACAGUGCCUUCUUGGAACAUUCUUCACAUGUCUCGUUAUCUUGUUUGCUUGUGAAGUGGCUGCUGGAAUCUGGGGAUUUGUUCACAGAGAUCAGAUUGCCAAAGAUAUCAAACAUUUUUAUGAUGAGGCUUUAACCCAAGCGCAAGGACCAGGUGAAAAAGCGCAGAAGGCAAAAACUAUUGUGAGAACCUUCCAUGAUACAUUAAAUUGCUGUGGCGCAAAUGCCCUCUCAAUUGCCGCUGAUUUCCUGACUGGUGAAAACCUGUGCCCAGACAAGAGCAUCACAAAGAUAAUUUCUGGGGAAGACUGUCACUCUAAAAUUGAUGAACUGUUCUCUGGAAAGCUGUACCUGAUUGGUAUUGCUGCCAUUGUGGUGGCUGUGAUCAUGAUCUUUGAAAUGAUCCUGAGCAUGGUAUUGUGCUGUGGCAUCAGAAGCUCUGUCUAUUGAGAAGUGGAAGGACAGGGGCAAAGCAAUGGUGCCGAAGGGAUUCCAAAGUGCCACUGUUUGACCAGGAGAUGCUUCCAAUGAAAGACAAAGAAAAUUAUGUAUAUAAAUAUUUCAGAUAUUACCAUACAGUACUUAUCAUUCUUACUUGGAAGUCUUUUUUUAAAAAUGUGUGUGUGUGGGGGGGGGGGGAGUUCUGUGUGUUUGUGGUGGAGUUAGUUUCACAUCAGUUUGUGUUGUUGGAAAGCUGCCACACCAGUCAUUCCAGACCUUCUAUCAAAGAGAGCCACUCUGUUCCCCUUCCUUUUGCCAGCGUUCCCUUGCUGCCAGCAAGAAACCAGAGCGUGCCAUACACAGGCUUCAACCUCUUAGAACCUCUUGUGUCUUUAUUCCCCCCAGCAGUUUCUAUUAUUAUUAUUAUUUUGAAGGGGAUUGGCCCUAAAUAUGUUUUAUGCAGCAAAAAAUUCAAGGUCAAAAUUGGAUUUGUACAUUAGAAUUAGAAGAUUUGCUCAUUUUUUUAAAAGAUGGGGGAAGGAAGCCCCUCCAAACCCCCAGAGAAGCACAAAUGAUCUGUUGAUGCUUCAAGGUCCAUUUUUGACUGCUUUCAGUCAUCAUUCUGUCAACUACUGCAUACAAAGAGCCUGACUGAGUUGUGCCAGCAUUUCCUUUCCCACCAUUUCCUGCCUUGGUUACAAGCUAUGCCUGGUCUAUUUCUGUAAGUCUGUGGGAGUACAACAGCCCCUUGAUGCAAGGUGCUCUUUCUAGUCGAGCUGUUUUGUAAUGAAACAUGAAGUUUGCCAGUGUUCCUAUCCCUAAAUGAUGAAUGAAGAGACUUGUUUCAUAAACUCUGUAAACGCAUUAGCCCUGGUCAGUGCAGUCCUCAGAAUACUGUGUUUGGGAGUAAGCCAGGUGGAAUACACUUCUGAUCCGGUUGAAGUCAUUGGAUUGCAAAUUGCUGUUUGGGAUCAGGGCUGUUAGUCGUCUAGGGAUGCCUAGAUAUACACACAGACCAAAUUACAGUUCUUAAAAUAUCUUCCUAUCCGGGGAUGCUUUUUCCAUAACUUUUGGAUUUGGUUUCCAAUCUGGUUUUUAUUUUAUUUUUUCCUUUUAAAUUUUUCAGAAGAUUUUGAUUUUAAAAAUUGACAGGUCUGAUGCUGGAAUGUUAAUGUUUUCUGUACGAACUCCUAAAACUAAACUCCAGUGUGUGCUUACAAAAUCAGUUCUGAAAUACAAGUACUGUCUGAUGUCAUUUACUUGGUAACUAUGUAGUAUUCUAAUGAUGCCAAAAAUAUUGAGGAAAUCAGUUAAAUAGUUAUAAUGGCUGGAAAAUUAUUCAUUAAAUAUGCAUUUUUUAAGGAGA